AAACCCCUCUUUCCUUUGCAAUUUCCAUCUGAACAAAUUAAACUAGUCAUCAACAACAAAAUUAGAAACAGUAGUUUACCCACCAUGACACUUCAAAAGUCAGAAUCUCCCAUCAACAGGGCAGAAUCUUCAUCCAAAUUAACUUCCUUUGCUUCGAUCAUACCAAAGACAAGCCCUGUACGCAUUCACACAUAUAUAUUUCAUUCAUUAUUCUAAACUCAAAAUCAUGAUCAUAGGUUCAUAAUUCCAUUUAUUAAAUACUCUCUUUCCCUUUAAACUCAUACAUAACAAACCCAUCAACAUGGUAGUUAUGUUUCCGUUUUUCAGUAACUUUAACUUUUUCAUCUUCUUCUUCUCCUUCCUUUUUCUUUGGCGCCCUUGCUUUCCCACGAGAAUCAUACCAGAAUCCGUAACCGUCAUAACAACCCAAACUCGCAACGCCACGUGGCACGACUUCUCCAGGUUCCUCCACGCCGAGAGAGGCAGCCACGUCACCGGCAUGGCGGAGCUCAAAAGCUACUUCCACCGCUUCGGCUACCUCACCCUGCCGGAAACGCCGUCAAAUUUCACAGACACCUUCGACACUCAGCUCGAGUCCGCUCUUCUCAGUUACCAAAAACGCCUCAGCUUGCCGAUCACCGGAAAACUCGACAAGGACACCAUCUCCGCCAUCGUCGCUCCGCGGUGCGGCGUCUCCGACGCUGCCGCGGCGCACGGUCUGCACACCACCGGCCACUACGCUUACUUCGACGGCAAGCCGCGGUGGCUUCGCGGCACUCCGAUGACUCUCACGUACGCUUUCUCACCUUACAACAUGAUUAACAGGCUGAGCGUGAAGGAAAUCCGAACGGUGUUUGAGCGCGCGUUCGCGCGGUGGGCGUCGGUGAUUCCGGUGAGUUUCCAGGAGGUGGAGAAAUUCGAAUCGGCGGAUAUUCGGAUCGGGUUUUACUCCGGCGACCACGGCGACGGAGAACCGUUUGACGGCGUGUUGGGGGUUUUAGGCCACGCGUUCUCCCCGCCGAACGGGAGGUUUCAUCUGGAUGCAGCGGAAGCGUGGUCCGUUGAUUUCGAUCAUGAUAAAUCAAAGGUGGCCGUUGAUUUGGAAUCGGUGGCGACGCACGAGAUAGGUCACGUGCUUGGUUUGGGUCAUUCAUCGGUAAAGGAAGCGGUGAUGUACCCGAGUUUAAGCCCAAGAGGGAAGAAGGUUGACCUUAGAAUUGAUGACGUGGAAGGGGUUCAGGCCCUUUAUGGCUCCAAUCCCAACUUUAGUUUUAGUUCUUUUUUGCAGUCUGAAAAUUCAUACAAUCAUGCUGUUGGGUUGGAAACUAGUUUCUCUAAAUGGACACUCUUUUGGGCCAUUGCUUUCUUGCUAUUACUUUUACACCCUUGAUUUUAUUUUUCAAACCCUUUCUAUUUUUCAUUCUUUAGUCCACAAUUGUAUGUAAAAAUUAUUUAAAAAGAAAAGAAAGGAUAGAAAGUAAAGUUCAAUCACAUGGCCAUAUGGGCAAAGCCCUGUGGAUUCAUAGUUUAUAAUGUGAUAUUUUAGAUAUUUCUCCUUUUUUGUAACAAAAGAUUUUCCUUUGUCUUUAA